CUAAGCCGAGGACCGAUUUGACGCGAUAGAAGGUGCGUUGAACGACCAAUAUACAUUUACGCUAGGCACGAAGUGGUAAAAUAUCCCCCCAUCGAUCUCAUAAUCGAAAUAGAGGAAGCGGCCACCUCUGUGUGUGACUAUUCGUCCCUCCGACACAGAAUUCGAUACCAACUUGUUUCACAUUAUUUACAUGCAUCUUCAUAGCGCUCGUUGACCCGACAAAUAUCUCACGGCGAUUUAGAUAACGCUGUUGUUUGCCAUUUACAUAUAUGUAAUUCGAAAGCUGUUGAACAGCCCCGAGACACACUUUAGUUAACCACUCGUGCUCGUGCUCUUCCGCCCUUCCAUUAUCGAUCCGAGAGUCGCUCUUGCGACUCGACCAACAACGAAUAUCCCAAAAUUAUAUCGCGUCCUCCCUGUAUAGAACCACCGAGACUCCUAGCUCUAAGAGCAUCAAGCUAUGUCAACCAAUCAAGAGGAGCGGCCAACAUUUCGCCGUGAUUCCCCCUCGCCAGAAACAACGCCCAGUGUAGCCCGAGGCCCUAAUAGGGCAAACUCGGAACGAUGCCUUUCGACAAAUUCGUCCAUUUCCCGCACUUCGAGUGCCGAUAGCUCAUAUAGAAAUUCGCUAGGUGGUGAUGCAUUCUCCAGGAUGUCUUCUGCAAGCUAUCAGUCCCGAAGGUCAGAUAUCAGUAUUGCCUCUUCGCGCAUGUCGACCGGAAGCAUGGACAGACCUCUAAAACGGCGUGGAUAUACAAAGCCUCAAGGGACAGAUUUCGCAUCAAGUGCAAGGCAUCGAGAAAGCGUCCUGAGUUUAGGAAGCAUUUCUCACCUUCAGUACUAUUUUGCUAGAACUGGACUGUUGGACGGGAAAGGGGGUCAACUAGCAAGAAAACGGCACCCCCGGGCCACCUUGGACCUAUCGCAAUUGAAUAGUCCCACAUUGUUAAGUCCAAGACUCAGUCCAGCUGAUGACUCCCCAUACGCCUCUAUGGGCAGCAGCCCAGAGCUCGGGGCCCAGAACUUUAUUGGUGGUCUCAUGGUCGAAUCCCCCACCGAGGAUCACGACGGGUUUUACUCGGACGAGUUUGAGGAUCCAGAUCCAGACGUUUUACCGCCAACAACAAGCACUUACAACCAUCGAGAAAAGCAUAUCCCCAAACCUCCCACCAUUGAAGAGAUGAAGGCAGACUUGACAAAGGCGCUAGAUUCUGCUUCGACAGUAUUGGUAGCGUCUACACCGUUAUCUGCCAGAGCAGCUGCGGUUCAGCCACCCAGAACACAGACAUGGUACGAAGUUCAAGGAGUGCAGUUGCUUGACGUGAUGACACUCGCCAUACGCGCUGCGAAGAUCUACUAUACAGCACAUGAGCAUCCGGAUCGUUUGGAUUCUAUCAAAUCCGAAAAGGAGAUUCGCUCAGAGCUGCUGUCCGUCAUGGAGGUCUUGAAGCAUAUGGCAACUAGGAGUUUUGCCGGCGGUCCUCGUGGUGAUGAGCACAAAACAAUGACAUCCUGGAUUGAAAGCAUACGCACCAUGCUUAGGAAAGAGGAAGAAAUCGAGAAAGCCGAGCGCGACGAGAGAGCCAGUUGGACAUGGUGGAAGGGAGACUGGUCUGGGAGGGAAAUUGAGCGCGAGAUUGCUUUCUUAAGCUCGAUCGAUAACGAAGCUGAGCCAUUGCCACCAUGGACGCCAAUUGAUAAAGCAUCACAGCUACCAACGCCAUUCCUAGAGAGUAUGCAAAACGGACUAAGGCUUGUCAAGCUUCAUAAUGCCGCGGUUAGGAAGUCUCGGCGACGCUUCGGUGCCAUUGGGUCAUUCCACACAGACACGCAGAAGCCUUACAGGUGUGCGGACAAUCUCCGGUACUGGAUUAAAGCAGCCGAACUACGGUUCGAAGUUAUGUUGAAGGUAGACGUGAUGGGCGUGGUCUACAAUACCGAACCCCAAGUAUGGGUAGACUUCGAGGCAGCAAUCUGGAAAUGGUGUCAGAAAGUCAGAGAAGAGAUCACCGCCGAAUGGGAAAGUCAAGAAUAAACAAAAUUCGAGAUAUUGUACGGGUUCACGCUUAUGAUGUUUCAUCCGCGGAUGUCAGAAGUUCUGUAGAUGGAGCUUCAUAGUGCUUGGCGAGCGGACAGUAACAUAUCGACGGUUAGCGACCGCCCUUGGAGCACACUAUUGCAUCACGAUUUACAACAUAUACCCCAAAGCAUAGCGUUGAUGUUGACGUAUUCUUUCAACGCUUUUUUUGAAAGAUUCAUACCUACCUACUUCAAGGAUACCUAGUCAUUAAACAAUGAAUUUUCAUAUUUUCAAUCCAAUUCCACCAUAGCCUAUACGAAGGUAUUCUUAGUUUGUUUAGCUACGUAUGUAGGAUUCGAGAUACAUACCUGUUUCUUACCUCUUGAAGGAAUGUCUAGGGAGAUUCCAAGCUGUAUAUACAGAUAUUCCCUUUGUGACAUGUGAUAUUUAUAUAUAUUAUACGUCUUCA